AUGGAAUCUCUGGAGGUCAUUCAGCUUGGCUUCAAUGACUUUGUCGGCCCGCUACCAACAAGUAUCAGAGACCUCUGCAACUUGCACACUUUGGAUUUCUCAUUCAAUAAUCUCAGUGAAGACACGAGCACAUUGUCAAGAAUUUUAUCCGGAUGUGCUGGUGAAACUAUUGAGACAUUAAACUUGAGAAACAGUAAUUUGAAAGGGGAGUUGUCAGGUUGGCUGGGAAUGCUCAAAAGUAUAACCACUCUUGAUAUUAGUAAGAACUCACUUUACGGACCGGUUCCUAUUUCUAUUGGAAACUUAUCAAACUUAAAAACCUUGUAUCUCGCUUCAAAUGGAUUCAAUGGAAGUCUUCCAAAGAGCAUUGGACAUCUCUCAGAGCUGAAAGUUCUUGAUAUUGCUUACAAUUCACUUGGUGGUGUUAUAUCGGAACAACACUUGGCCAAUCUCUCAAGUCUGGAUUCUUUGAGCAUGAGUUACAACCCAUUGAUAGUGAACAUCAGCAAAGAUUGGGUACCUCCUUUCCAUCUUCAAGAAAUUGCUUUUGUAUCAUGUCAAUUGGGACCAGAAUUUCCAGCGUGGCUCAGAACUCAGAAAGAUUUUUCAAUGCUUGAUUUGUCCAAUACUGGAAUCACAGGUUCAUUGCCUGAUUGGUUCUGGGACUUGUCGCAUAGCAUUGCACUUCUCGAUCUCUCGAAUAAUCAGAUAACUGGAACUGUGCCCAAGUCUCUCAAGCUCAUCUGUUCAAGUCUCAUUAAUCUGAGUUCAAACAAAUUUGAAGGCCCAUUACCUCUGCCAUCUAAUGUGGCAUAUGCUGAUCUUUCAGAUAAUUCAUUUUCAGGAGAUCUUCUUCCCAUUCUUGGUGGAAAUGUACCAACAUUGGGACAUUUGUAUCUUUCAAAUAAUCUCUUAAAUGGCACACUUCCUGCAUCUAUAUGCAACUUCCAGCUGAUGCAAGUCAUUGAUAUCUCCAACAAUUUUAUCUCUGGUGAGCUUCCUGGAUGUUGGCAAAAUCUGUUCUUCUUAGUGGCUCUAAAUCUGGCAAACAACAAGAUAUCUGGAGAAAUUCCUGUUUCUCUUGGUUCUCUUAAAUUGAUUCAAGUUCUUCACUUGGGGAACAACAAUCUCUCUGGAGAAAUCCCAUUGCCUCUGAGUAACUUGAAGAUACUUGUGACCCUUGAUCUUGGUGGUAAUAACUUAUCAGGAAACAUACCAGCAUGGAUUGGAGAAAGAAUGCCAUUGCUAAGGAUACUCCGAUUACGAUCUAACAUGUUGCAGGGUGACAUCCCUGAAGAAUUAUUCAAUCUAGCAUCAUUGCAAAUCUUAGACCUUGCUGAUAAUAACUUAUCAGGAGUUAUACCUCAGUCUUUUUGCAACCUUUCUGCAAUGCAACUCACAAAUGAAGCAAGACAGAGUAUUCUGGAUGGAUUUCAAGACCAAGUCAUCACAAGCGUUGGGAAUUAUAGCAUUUUCGGUUAUACCGACAGCUUGUCAGUUGUCACAAAAGGAAUGGAACUUCAAUACAGUAAAACACUCGAGUUUGUGACAAGCAUAGACCUUUCAAACAAUCGGCUUUCGGGUGAAAUACCAGAGCAAAUAGGAAAUCUUCAUGGGAUUCAAAAUCUGAACUUGUCCGGAAAUCAUUUGAUUGGUGGGAUUCCAGAUUCAAUAGGUGACUUAGUGUCAUUGGAGUCAUUUGAUUUAUCAAGAAAUGAACUUUCAGGCAAGAUUCCUACGAGCAUAUCUUUUCUUACAUUGUUGAGUCAUCUGAACCUUUCGUACAACAAUUUGUGGGGUAGAAUUCCAACAGGUAACCAGCUGCAAACUCUUGAUGAUCCAUCGAUAUACAUUGGCAAUCGUGACCUCUGCGGCCCUCCUUCGACAGUAAAUUGCGGUGAUAAUGAGACACUUGCAUUCAGUGUUGAAGGAGAUGAUUCUGAUGAGAAUGAAACAUUAUGGUUAUUGUUUGGCGGUGCUGUGGGAUAUGCAUUGGGUUUGUGGGCAGUAUGUAUUUGUUUGUUAAUCAAAGAGGCAUGGAGGAAUUCAUAUUUUGAUCUAGUUGAUUAUAUGCAUAAGAAGCUUCUUGCAUUCACUGCAACAAGUAUUUAUAAUUCAGCAGGCAUCGAGGACGACUAG